AUAAAAACUGCACAUGCGACUCCAGAGCUUUGGAUUGAACAAUAGGAGCUGAAAACUUUAAACUAUGGCCAUUGGCCAAUUGAUUCGCGCGUUUUAGACCCGAAAUCGGCGUUAAAUUUGAGCCCUUUUGCUUAAUUUCUCUACCCGGCCCACCACCAAACCUGCCUCGUCCUCACCCUCACCCUCUUACGGUGGCGGCUAACCGUUACGCCGCCCAGCUGCAGCUAUGCUGCCCCCAACGCCCCACCUCCUACUCUCUAGCCCGAACCAUCCACGCCCACAUGAUCGCUUCCGGCUUCCACCCACGUGGCCAUAUCCUCAACCGUUUGAUCGACGUCUACUGCAAAUCUUCAAAUCUUCGCUACGCACUCCACCUGUUCGACCAAAUUCCCAACCCGGACAUCGUCGCCAGAACGACUCUGGUCUCGGCAUAUUCCGGCGUCGGGGACGUCACGCUGGCCCGGAGAGUCUUCAGUGAAACUCCGCUCAGCAUGAGAGACACUGUUAGCUACAAUGCCAUGAUCGCAGGCUACUCUCAUAACAGGGACGGCAAUGCCGCCGUUGAGCUGUUUCGUGACAUGAGGCGAGGCGGUUUUCGCCCCGAUGAGUUUACCUUCACCAGCGUGCUGAGUUCUCUGGCGCUUAUAGUGGAGGAGGAGAAGCAAUGCCAGCAGCUGCAUUGUGCAAUUGUUAAGUCUGGAGCAUUGCUGGCCACUUCGGUGUCGAAUGCGUUGGUGUCUGUGUAUGUUAAGUGUGCUUCUUCUUCGCCGUUGGUGGUGGCUGCAGCGAGGAAGGUGUUUGAUGAAAUGCCUAAGAGAGAUGAGCUGUCGUGGACGACGAUGAUUACUGGCUAUGUGAGGAAUGAGGACCUUGAUGGAGCUCGGCAGCUGCUUGAUGGGAUGGAUGAAAAAUUGCAAGUGGCGUGGAAUGCGAUGAUUUCGGGUUAUGUGCAUCACGGUUUUUGUCAUGAAGCAUUGAAAUUGUUUAGGGAAAUGCAUUUAAUGGGGAUUCGCCAGGAUGAGUUUACGUAUACGAGUGUUAUCAGUGCUUGUGCUAACAAUGGCUUAUUUAAGCAUGGGAAGCAGCUGCAUGCUUACAUACUAAGAUCUGAAGCGAAACCGACUCUGGACUUUUCUUUAUCUGUGAAUAAUGCAUUGGUGACACUAUACUUUAGGUGCGGUAAAAUUGAUGAAGCACGAUAUAUUUUUAAUAAUAUGUCUGUCAGAGAUCUUGUUUCUUGGAAUGCGAUAUUGUCAGGGUAUGUGAGUGCAGGGCGCAUUCAGGAAGCAAAGUCCUUUUUUGAGGAAAUGCCGGAAAGGAGUGGUCUAACGUGGACUGUAAUAAUAUCUGGUUUAGCUCAAAAUGGAUGUGGAGAAGAAGCUAUGAAGCUAUUUAACCAAAUGAGAUUAGAUGGUUUUAAACCCUGUGAUUAUGCAUUUGCUGGAGCUAUUACGUCUUGUGCUGCUCUUGGGGCAUUGGAGCACGGACGCCAGCUCCAUGCUCAACUAAUAUGCUUGGGGCAUGAUUCAAGCCUUUCAGUCGGAAAUUCACUUAUUACGAUGUAUGCCAGAUGUGGGGUUGUAGAUGAUGCUGACUUUGUGUUCCUUACAAUGCCUUAUAUUGAUUCCGUGUCGUGGAAUGCUAUGAUCGCAGCUCUGGCACAACAUGGAUAUGGUGUCCAAGCAAUAAGACUUUUCGAACAAAUGUUGGAGGAAGAUAUACUGCCAGAUAGAAUAACUUUCCUCACUAUUCUCUCAGCUUGUAGUCAUGCUGGUUUAGUUAAAGAAGGACGCCAUUAUUUUCGUUUAAUGCAUGACUCUUAUGGUAUUGCCCCUGGUGAAGAUCAUUAUGCUCGUAUGAUUGAUUUGUUGUGCCGAUCUGGGGAGUUGAUAGAGGCCAAAGACUUAAUCAAAUCAAUGCCUUUUGAACCAGGUGCACCGAUAUGGGAGGCUAUUCUAGCUGGUUGCCGGACUCAUGGGAAUAUGGAUUUAGGUAUUCAAGCUGCAGAACGACUCUUUGAGCUGGUGCCCCAGCAUGAUGGAACCUAUGUACUUUUGUCGAACUUGUAUGCUGCUUUAGGCCGUUGGGAUAAUGUGGCUAAGGUGCGAACACUAAUGAGGGAGCGAGGGGUGAAGAAAGAACCUGGUUGUAGUUGGAUUGACGUUGAAAAUAUGGUCCAUGUCUUCUUGGUUGGUGAUACUGUGCACCCUGAGGUACAUGAGGUGUACAAGUAUCUAGAGCAACUUGUUCUUAAAAUGAAGAAGUUAGGAUAUGUUCCUGACACAAAGUUUGCGUUGCAUGAUAUGGAGUCUGAGCAUAAAGAGAAUUCCUUGUCUACUCACAGUGAGAAGCUUGCAGUUGCAUUUGGGAUUAUGAAGCUUCCUCUUGGAGCCACAAUCAGAGUUUUUAAGAAUCUUAGGAUUUGUGGGGAUUGCCAUAAUGCAUUUAAGUUUAUGUCAAGAGUGGUUGGGAGAGAAAUAGUCGUGAGAGACGCCAAGAGGUUUCAUCAUUUUAGGAAAGGCGAAUGCUCUUGUGGAAAUUACUGGUAGCUGUAGUGUUCCAUUUUUUCCUUGGCAUGUUGUUAUAAAUGGACCAAGCUUUAAAGCCAAAUGAAGAAGCUUAUACAGCGGUGUUUUGUUCCACUUCACUCUGAGGUUUAAAUUUGAAAUAGAGGUGUGUGCAUAAGAAGUGUAUGGUAAAAGAAUAUAAGUCCCUGUAUGAUUAGCAGAUUUAUUUGUAGUUGUUGAAUGAAGUAAAAUAAUCCAUUGGUUAGAGAUUUAACCAACUUAAAUUGGUGCUGCUCUAGUCCUCGGUGAGACGAUCAUGGUAGCCAAGUGCAAAGAAUAAAAGGCUUAAUGGUUCAGACUCAAGCAAGAGCGAGGUUGCAUAAAAAUGAGAUGGAUCUUCUUCCUUAUUUCCAAUGAUGGGGAAGAUAUGGAAACCAGGUCUGGAAGUUGGAGGAAGGUAAAGAGCUAUACCAUGACCAAUUUACUUGCAGUUAUGUCCGGGCUUUUCAUAUUCAUUGCCACUGUUAGGGGUUGCCAACUUUCCUUGAUUCAUGGAUUGGGGCCUGAACUACAUGUAACAUUACCAAAUUGAACUUAAACGUAUUUCCUUUUUGAACUAGAUUAUUUAGCUUUGGUGACAUGUUACUCAGUUGUAGUCAUAACCUAGAGUUUUUAGAUCUUCUGUGCUUUUUUUUUUUUUUUUUUGGAUCUGAAUUAGUACUUGACAUGCUGUUAAUGAUUUGCUAUUAUUUUGAAACAAUUAAUGAUUUUUUUUUAAUUUAGGAAUAAAGGAUAUUCUUUGUAGGAGUAUCUCACUAAAAGCCAUUUCUUUGGUAUAACGUAAAAGUGAAUUACUUUUGACAGCAUUGGAAUUGUAAGACUUACUGUGGAAUUGAUUUGGACAGAAUUCCCUUAUAUAGAGUAGUUUUAGUGCAGAGACUGAAGUGACCUUUAUUUAUUCUAAAAUGACUCAUUUGGUGGCAGUGAAAGCUACUUGGAACUCUAUUGGAAUAUAUCACCUACCUUAAUAACAGUGAACUAGUGUCUAAAUAGACCUCCUUCAUCUAACUCUAAUAUGGACUAUGGAGAUAGUGAUAGUGAUGAACAUAGCAAUCAUGAGAGUUCAGUGGAUUGGUUUAUCACUUUUCAGGCAGUCAUUAAUGCAUUUAAGUUUAUGUCAAGAGUGGCUGGGAGAGAAAUAGUUGUAAGAGAUGCCAAGAGGUUUCAUCAUUUUAGGAACGGCGAAUGCUCUUGUGGAAAUUACUGGUAGCUGUAGUGUAAUGGAAUUAUUCUUAUUCUUUUCCAUUUUUUCCUUGGCGAGUGAAGAAGCUUAUACAGUGGUGUUUUGUUCCACUUCACACAGAAGUUUAAAUUUGAAAUAGAGAAGUGUAUGAAUAAGAAGUGUGUGAUAGAAAAAUAUAAGUCCCUGUAUGAUUAGCAGAUUUAUUUAUAGUUGUUGAAUGAAGUAGACUAAUCCAUUGGUUAGAGAUUUAACCAACUUAAACUGGUGCUGCUCUCGUCCUCUGUGACACGAUCAUGGUAGCCAAGUGCAAAGAAUAAAAGGCUUAAUGGUUCAGGCUCAAGCAAGAGCAAGGUAGCAUAAAAAUGAGAUGGAUCUGCUUCCUUAUUUCCAAUGAUGGGGAGGACAUGGAAAUCAGGUCUGGAAGUUGGCGGAAGAGAAAGCUACAACUGUAUCAUUACCAAAUUUACAUAAUUUCCAGAAUUCUAAAGCUGGAAUAUCAGACCUUCAGAACUCUAAAUAGUGGCUCAUUAUGUAGUCUGGUGAAUUACCCUAUGUCGAAGAAAUUGAUACAUCACCACCAGGUUUUGGUUCCAUUGCCACAUUACCAUUCCCUGAGUUUCCAUCUUGGUUGGUUCUGCAUGAAAUUCAGUUCAAGAUUUUCGGCAUGCUGUGAAUGUUGGAGAACAGUACUAGCAGGCUUCUUAUUUUUCGCCGGGUUCAUAUGAACUGCAUCAGUGUCUGUCAGCAUCAAAUGGGGGCUCCCAUCAGAAGUGUUCCAGUGAUUCUUGAUUUCAAUGUCUGUUUUCCCUGGAAGUCUCCCUGCAAUAAGAGACCAUCUGCAGAUGCCAAUAGGCUAUCACCACUUACAAAAUCAAUCUAUAGAGAAGAAAGAAAAUACAUAAAACAGAAAUUUUCAUUAAAGAAUGAAGGCAGUGGUAGACGUGUUGCUGAAUCGCUUGUAGUUAUGCCGGUUUAGUCAAAGAAGGGUGCUAUUGUUUUCGUCCGGUGCAUGACUCUUAUAGUAUUAUCCCUGGUGAAGUCAUUAUGUUUGUAUGAUUGAGGUACUGUGCUGAUCUGGGAAUUUGAUAGAGGCCAAAGAUUCAAUCAAAUCAAUGCCUUUUGAACCAGGUGCACCGAUUUGGGAGGCUCUUCUAGCUGGUGUCGGAAUCAUGGGAAUAUGGAUUUUGGUACUCAAGCUGCACAACAACUCUUUGAGCUGGGUGCCACAGUAAUGAUGGAACGUACAUACUUUUGUCAAACUUGGUUGCCAUAUUUUGUUAAAUCCUUUAAAAGAAAUCUAUCUUCUUCUUCUUCUUUUUUUUUUUUUUCCUUUUUAUUGUCGUUCAUCUUUAGAUUAAUCUUUGGGUUCCUGCAUUUGUGUAGAGGACCAGCGCUACUUAUAAUUAUCUGCUUAUACUGACAGCAGUAGUACCAAGCAAUUCAUGAUUUUCUCUGGCAAAUUAUUCUAGCUGAUGAACGAAGUCAAUUCUUGAAAUGUAUUCACCAAUAUAAGGAAUUGUUUAUCAUCAAACAAGACAUGGUGUCCCUAUGUAGUAGGUGUCUGGA